GUACAUUUGCAGGACCACACACAACUUUCGAGAUGUGAGCGCUUUGGAGGCGGAACUGCACAGCUGCCGCAUUGGCCGAGAUUGUGAUUUACGAUAUUGGUGUGGCUUCUGCGAGAAGAUCGUGGAGAAAAGCCGUACUGCAACGCAAUCUCUGACAAAGCGGUUCGACCACAUUGACAACCACUUUUGCGGCCGAAACACGGCCAAGAGGAGCAUAUCGGAGUGGAAACACCUGGAAAACAAGGUCUCGGCAGCUGGCUCUACUCCGAGCUCUAGCAACAUGGAGACACCGAAGUCUUCACCUAGUCAUCAAGCUACUGCCCGGAUAUUUCCAUCGAAUAGUGGCCGUCUCGCGUCUAAUUCUACCCUGCCUGGCAAAAGGAAGUUAGACGACGACGACAGCGAGUGCCCAGAGUCAAGACGACCAAGGGGACAAUUGGCGACGAUGUGGACUUGCUGCGAUUGCGCCAUGCAGUCCAGUUUCAGGUUCAACCGGGCUUGCGUGUGGUGUCCGCAUUCUCGAUGUGACAACUGCCCAGUAGAGACGUAGAGCAACCGGCGAAAAUUCCAAUUAUGGCUGGGUGAUUCAGAAAAUCAACCAUAAGCACUGCAGAAAAUCACCAGGGACUUGAUGCCGAAUGUAGUGAUUUGAAAGCAUCGUGAUAU